CUUGGGCGGGAGCUCCGGGCCCACCGCCGCCGGCAAGGACCGGCCGCCGCCGACCGGACCCGGGACCGCCCCCAACGGACCCCUCCCCGGCCGGACCCCCCACCCUGGAGCAAGGGGCUCGACCCAUCCUCCCCACCUCGUGCCCCGGCGGAAGAGCCGGUCCUGCCUUGGCCUCUGCGGAUGACGGUGCGGAUGAUGCUCUCGGUCAUUCAUUCGGGAGUAUUUGUUGAGCGCUGACCCUGUGCGGAGCACCGGACCGAGCGCUUGGAAUGUGACCCGCCCUCGGCCCCAGCCCCCCCAGCCCCCCACCCGGAGGAUGCUGCCGGUCCUGGUCCUCCCGCCGCUGCUGCUGGGCCUCUGCGUCCCGGGGGGCUGCGACCCCCCGUCGGGGCCGGGCCCGGGCCCGGGGUCCGACCCCCCUUGGUGCCCCUACAAGGUGCUCCGCGCCGGGCCGGGGGCGGGGGGCGAGCGGCUGUGCUUCCGGACCCCCGAGCGGGAUUUUCGCUGCCCACGCCGAGGCUGCAAGGUCUUCCGCUCGGCCGGCCGCUCGCUGGUGGCCAACGUCCUGCGCAACAGCAGCGUCCUGCUGCAGUGGCGACCCCCGCCCGCCGCCACCCCCGCCCGCCUCCGCGGCUUCGCCCUCAACUGCUCCUGGGACGGGGCCUACACGCGCUUCCAGUGCGACCGCGUCCAGCUCGGGGCCGCCUGUCGCGACUACCUCGUCCCCGACGUGCACGACAGCGUGCGCUACCGCUUGUGCCUGCAGCCCCUGCUGCGCCCCCCGCGCGGGGAGCCCGCCCGCCCCGACGACCCGCCGCCCCCCGCCGCCGAGUGCGUGGAGUUCGCCGCCGAGCCGGCCGGCAUGCGGGACGUGGUCAUCGCCAUGACCGCCGUCGGCGGGGCCAUCUGCGUCAUGCUCGUCGCCAUCUGCCUGCUCGUCGCCUACAUCACCGAGAACCUGGUCCACCCCGCCGGACGCCGCCCCGCCGCCCCCCGGGGCUCCGGGACCUGACCGGGACCGGCCCCCGGUCGGGAAGGGGGAGAAUGGGGCGAGGACCCGGCCCCUCCGACGCGUCACCCUGAACCUCGCGCGCCCCGCCGCACCCCGAGGGCCCGGGUCCCGGCCGGGACCGGCCCUUGGCCGGAGGAGGGGAGGGGGCGAGGACCCGGCCCCCCGACGCAUCACCCAGAAACUCGUGCGCCCCGCCUUAGGCUGCCCCGCGGGCACCCUGAAGUCCCGUGCCCUGACCGGGACCGGCCCCUGGCCGGAGGAGGGGGCGGGGGCGAAGACCCAACCCCCCCGAUGCAUCACCGAGACGUGCGCCCCUCCGUAGGGCGUCCCGCGUCACCCCGAGGGCCCAGGCCCUGACCGGGACCCACCCUGGCCAGAGGAGAGGGAGGUGAUGUGGGCCCAGUCUCCCGACACGCCCACCCCACAACCCCGACCUUCUGGGGGCACCCCUCUGCCUCUCUGGGCACCCCCUGACCUGCAGGAUUCGGGCUGCAGGAUCUAACCCCCUCCCCAGGACCCUCCAUCCCGACCCUCCCGGACGGGUGAGGCGCGGAGAGGCUGCCUGGGACGGUCGGGGUCCUCGGAGGCACCCCCUCCAUCUCUUCAUUCGGUAAAACCCCACAGUUGUCUCUCAUCUCUAGCUGACGGCCGGGAGGCGAGGGGACAGAGGAGGCAGGAAAAAUGCCCAGUCGGAGCUUCCUAUUUAGGAAAGGUCCCAGUACCAAGCGGAGAUGCUCCGUGUAUCGCGAUCGGAGGAGUUGGCCGUCUCGACUUCCUACCAGCGAGGCCCCGUCUCUGUAGGUCUGCCCCUUGUUUGCGGACACCCCAGCCCUCAAACAUUCUCACCCCACCCCAAGGUGUUUGUGUGAUGUCCUGGUUUUUCCUUAGAGGAGCCCUGAGGCAUUGUAGCAGCCCCAGGGGUCCUCGCUGCCUUUCCUGGGAGCUUUUUAUUUUUUCGGGGGGGUAUUCUGUUCCUGGCAAGAUCCAUCCUACCUGUGUGUGCCCCAUAACCACGGUUCAGAUUCAGUCCAGUCCGGGGCAGGGGCUCUGUGGGCGGCAGAUCCCGGGCAGCACCUCAUGCUCGAGGAGGAUCUGCAUUUCCUGGAAGAAGAAGCCCAAGGCCACAGCUGGGAGCUCGAAGCGCGUUUGGUCGGCGGUCAGCCCGUCCUGACCUGCAGCUGUUGGCGGAAGUCAGCGUGGGCCGAACUGGGGAGAGGGGCUGGGCUGAAGUAUGGUCCCUUCCUCCUUUCAAGAGUGCAGGUAGCUCCCCCUUCUCUGCUUGCCCCUGGAGUCUCAGGUUUUUUUUGGGGGGGUGGGAGGAACGACCAUAUGGUUUGGAGCCAAUCUUCAAUGUCGGUGAUUCUGUGCCUUAGUGGUGAAGGGUCUCCCAGUCAUCCCCACCACUCCCCGCCCCCCCAGGUGGCAGAGGCUGAACCAGCCCUGGUUCGACUGCCACUCUUCAUCUCCCACGGGAUGGGCGAUAAGAUUCCAGAAGCUUCUGGCCCGCCCGAAUAGAGUCCCAGACCACCCCAUUUUUCUGGGGGCCUUGGCUGUGAGUGAGUUGUUUGGGGGGUGGGGCUCCAGAGGGCCUCCCUCCCACCCCUCUCGUUUUUUUGUCCCAGAUCAAUCCAUCGAUUAAUCAGUGGCAUUUAUUGAAAGCUCCCACCCCUUUUGGUUUUUUGUCCCAGAUCAAUCCAUCGAUUAAUCAGUGGCAUUUAUUGAGAGCUUACUGAGUGCAGAGCACUGUAUUCUGUACCUAGCACUUGGAAGAGAACAGUGCAACAGAGUAGGUAGAAACGAUCCCAGCCCGCAGAGAGCUCACGAGAAGACAUCACCGUGGGGGCCCGUGUCCCAAGCUGUUUUCCGAGUUCACGUGAGCCUGAAAAAGGGGGUCGCCGGGGGCGGGCCUUGGUCAGCAGGAACCAAGAGAGGCAUUUCCAUGCAGUGGAGUUAGGCGGGUUUGUCUGUCCUGGGAGGUGGCAAGGGGACCGUCAUCAUUAUUGUUGCUAUAGUAUUUAUUAAGUACUUAGACUGUGCCGAGCACCGUGCUAAGCACUGGGUAGGUCCAAAUAAACAGUUCAGAUCCUGA